UGAUGAACAGCCACUACCAUAUCAUGAAAUAGCACUAUUGAAUAGAGAGAUUGAUAAUGAUUUUGAACCAAUUAUUCCUUUACCGGCCAAUGACCACCCACUUAUUUUGGAGAAUAUGGAUGUCUUGGAACUGUGUACAAUAUGUUUUGAAGAAGUAGUGGUUGUAAGGUUGAAUCCCUGUGACCAUCAAUAUUGUAUUCAGUGUGUCACUAGAAUGAUGGAAGAAAAUUAUAAUAUAUGUUAUCUUUGUAGAAAUUCAAUAUCUAGAUAUGAAGGGUAUAAUAUUUAAAAAAAAUUAAUUUUUUGUAAUUUUCAAUUGUAUUUUUUUUAUAUAUGUAUCUUAAAG